AUGUCACCUACGAAUAUGACCUCACCCACGAUCGCACUCCGCGUCUAUACCGACUUUGACAGCACGAUGGUCCUGACAGAUACUGGGAACUCGAUACUGGCCCACCAAAUAGGACACAAGGAGCUGGACCGAAUCGACCGUCUGCCCGAGACCGAGCCUGGACGCGUCUCUCUCCGUAAAGCCGAGGACAUGAAGUGGGACCAUCUCCGGUUAUCGGUCAAGGAGGCUGCGGAUAUCCUUGUCAGCCCCAAGGAUAAUAUUUUGCGUCAACAGGAAGGCGUUUCCACAGGGGCGACGAACGGAACAACAACAGAUGGAUUCAACAGGGUGCCAUUUGAUGACAGGCAACAACACUCUGAAGAUACAGAGGACGAGGAGGUGGAGGCGUUGAAUGACAAGUACAGGAUUCGACUGGACCCUGGGUUCCGCCAGUUCCAUGCCUUCUGCCAGGAGCACGGGAUCCCGAUUACUGUUGUUAGCAUAGGCAUCCAACCGUUGAUCGAGGAAAUGCUCGACAGGUACUUGGGCGUAAACCACAAUAUCAUCGUCCGCGCCAACGGUCUCAUCAUUCGCCCCGACGGAACUUGGAGGAUCCUCUGGCGCGACAGCAGCCCAUACGGUGUCGAAAAAGGACGUGCGCUCCGAGAAGCACGAGCAAACGAUCUCCAGAACCCAACAACAGACAAGAUCCUCUGGUGCGGCGACGGCAGUUCCGAUUUCCCAGCAGCGCUUUGUUCAGACAUUGUCCUUGCCCGUCAGGACACGUCGCUCGAGAAAUUGUGUCGUGCCAAUUCGAUCAGGCAUCGAUCGUUUGUUACUUUUGAGACCGUUCAGGAGGUUACUCAAGAGUGGCUUGAUCAACAGCAGGAACUUUCGACGACGAUGAACUCCAUUAAUGGUGGUGGUGAUGUCGAGCCAUGA